AUGUCGAGGCUCUCUAACAGUUUGAAAGCAUUGAUCAAUGCUCCUGCCGCACGUCCGUCUACCGUGCCGGCUCCGGCGAAUAUCUCUGCGGUCUAUAGCAAAAUCGCGCAGACCGCUCGGGCCAAGAAUGUCUCGCAGCCUUCAUGGCUCGCGCUGUCGACAGCAGCAACAAUGACCAUGAACUCCCCUGAGUCCCUAGCCGCCUUAUAUCAGCUAGCCGCCAACACAUCCCCCGUCGAAACCGCCGAACUCAUGCGCGAAGUCGGCCUCAAAUGCAUUAGCUUCAACGGCAUCCCCCGCACAAUCAACUGCCUGGGCGCUUUCAAAGCCACCCUCCCUGACUCUGUCAGCACUCAGCUCUCUACCACCCCUACCCGCGCCCCGAGCCCCGAGAACAUCACCUCGAUUAGCGAGCGCGGCCGCGCCCUCUGGAAUUCAAUUUAUCGACCCUUCGAGAAUAAGCUGUAUAACAAGCUCGCUGAUUCACACCCGGAUCUACCCGUUGUUAUCCUGAACAGCCAUUACGGCUCUCUCCUCUCCGAUCCCGCCCGGAACACCGGUGCCGCGGCUGGCCGUGUGCUGACCUCCAUGGUUGCUGUGGCUUGUCUGCGCGCGCAGACUGGCGUGGGUCCGCAGGUGACGUCGCAUGUCUUUGGACUGCGCAAGGCCCUUGAGGAUGGGUCGUGGGCUACGGAUGUGGAAGGCGAAGAGGGUGCGCGCUGGCUGGCGAGUGAUGAGGGCAAUGAAUGGAUCUUGAAUAGUGUUGAUGCUAUCGUUGAGGCAAUUAGUCAGGGCACUGGCUCGACGUAUGCGCCUGGUAAGGCGAAGUUGUAA